CGAGUACAAAGGAUUUAAUAUCCGUCUGUAGUUGAUACUGAUGGUGCCAACUAUUUAGAUUACCACUCUACACAAUAUGCCAAACCUAAAUUCAAAACUAAAAAUAUAAAUGAGCACCGUACAAAAAAUAUAUAAAUAGAGAAACAAGUAUACGCGCUGCUUUACAUACUGGCGCAUGUGUAAUUAAAGUGUAAAGUUGUUUGAAAAAUUUACCAAUAUGUCAAAUGCAAAAACACUAGGAACUGUUAUCGAUAUAGAAAAACAAGAUAAUGAAAGGAACACACAAUCAGAAGAAAGCGAAGUUCUGGAAAAGGUCAAAUUGAAAGCACCGCCUGGAAUAAACGCUUCGCUGGUUUUACUAUAUGCCAUAUUCUUCUUCAUGUUUGUUAUAGGAUGGCUAAAUCUUAAUAAUUGCUCUGUCAGUAGACUGAUACCAAUAUACUUAAUUGUGGCAGGUGCACUAACUAAAAGUCUUAGCGGUACGACGGAUAAGCACUUAUUUAAUGUGGUCAUUGCUUUGGCUCUGUUUUACAUCGUGUGGCAUUGCUUAGGAACGUAUUGGGUCUAUAAAGAAUAUCAACCGAAUUAUGAAGAAACAGUUGGAGAGAAAUAUUGCAACAGAACAACAUUCUUACUAGCAUUUUGGAUAUUAACAAUACAACAUACUAUACUUGGUUUUAUUAUUUUAUUGUCUGGUUGCAUAAUGUUAAUGAAAGAUGACUUUGUAGGAAAAAAAUAAAAAAAACGCUGGUUGUA